CAAGGCGGCAAAGCUGCGCAAAGCACGUAGCGCGGGUGACGGGGAGCGCUACGCAAUCGGCGCAGGCAGGGUGGCCCGCGAACCCCGGCCGGCCCCGCCAUGAGCGGCAGCGCGGAGCCUGACCCCGCCCCCGCGGCCCCGGCGCCCCCCGCCCCGGCCCCCGAGAGCAAACCGAGCCCGGCCGCCGGGGGCAGCGCGGCCCCGGGGCCUCCUGUGCCGGCGGGGGGCGGCGCGCGGGGCGCCGAGGGGGGGGCCGGCGGCCGGGGGCCCGGGCCCAUCUCAACGGUGGUGGCUGCAGCCCCCUCCGACGGGCCCCUGUCAAACGGGGUCUACGUACCUCCCAGCGCGGCCAAUGGAGAUGUCAAACCCGUGGUCUCCACCACUCCCCUGGUAGACUUCCUGAUGCAGCUGGAGGACUAUACCCCCACGAUCCCAGAUGCUGUCACAGGCUACUACCUCAACAGAGCUGGAUUUGAGGCCUCUGAUCCGCGCAUCAUUCGUCUCAUCUCACUGGCUGCCCAGAAGUUUAUUUCGGACAUUGCCAAUGAUGCUCUGCAACACUGCAAGAUGAAGGGCACAGCUUCUGGCAGCUCCCGCAACAAGAGUAAGGAUAAGAAGUACACGCUGACCAUGGAGGACCUGAUGCCAGCGCUUGCAGAGUAUGGCAUCAAUGUGAAGAAGCCGCACUAUUUCACCUAGCGUCCGAGCUGAGCCGCAGGCCCUGCUGUGGGCCUGGCCCCUCGAUGGGUGAAGGGCGGGAGCUCUGCUCUGGUCUGUUAUUAAACAAUUGAUGUUGGCUGGUG